CCGGCCCGGGCUGUUCAGUGAACGACAGCAGUCCGUCAGCUCUCCGUCUCUCUCCGGCUACUCACAAACAUGGCGAAUGUGGUGCUGGAGUUCAAGGCUUCAGCCGGUGACUCCGAGCCACAGAAUCGGCCUGUCCUGAUCAUCGGACAGCUGACCAACUUGCAGAAAGUCGGCUGGAGCCAAGUCAAAGGAAAACUGCAGCCGGCCGUUAGCAAAGAGACCUGGCAGGCAGCUCUCAGUGCUCUGAACCCGAACCCCACGGACAGCUGCCCUCUGUACCUCAAUCAUGCUGCAGUGGCUGCCCUUCCGUCUCGGGUCAGCAGGCACAACAGCCAGUCCUCUGCCCACUUUGUGUCCCGUCUGGUCCGUUCAUGCCUGCCUGGGGGGAACAACCGCUGCAUUGUGAUGGUGUGUGAGCGUUCAGAUGUGUUUGCGUCGUCCUGUGCCGUUGCCAGGGCCUUCCCCAUCUUCUCUCGCCGCUCCUCGUCUUCACGCAGGGCUGAGAAGAAACACGUCACCGUGGAAUUUAUUAUCGUUGGCCAAGAGAGCACUUCUGUGGAAUCUGCAGAACUUGAGUGUCUCUCUAAUGCUGCUCAAGGAGUGCGGAUGGCAGCUCGGAUUGUGGACACACCAUGCAAUGAGAUGAAUACAGAUCACUUCUUGGAUGAGAUCAAAGCUGUGGGAACUGAACUGGGAAUAACUCCAGUGAUUAUUCGAGGAGAGGAGCUGAAACAAAGAGGCUUUGGAGGUAUUUAUGGAGUUGGCAAGGCAGCAGAGCAUCCUCCAGCAUUAGCAGUCCUGAGCCACACACCAGAUGGUGCUACCCAAACCAUUGCAUGGGUUGGCAAGGGCAUUGUGUAUGACACUGGAGGACUCAGCAUCAAGGGAAAGACCACAAUGCCAGGGAUGAAGAGAGACUGUGGUGGAGCUGCUGCCAUUUUGGGAGCUUUCAGAGCUACUAUCAAACAGGGCUUUAAGGAUAACCUCCACGCAGUGUUUUGCCUCGCAGAGAAUGCAGUUGGACCCACAGCCACAAGACCUGAUGAUAUCCACACUCUUUACUCUGGAAAGACAGUGGAGAUCAAUAACACUGAUGCAGAGGGCAGGCUAGUGUUGGCUGAUGGAGUGGUGUACGCCAGCAAAGACCUGUCAGCUGAUAUUAUUCUGGAUAUGGCCACACUGACGGGGGCACAGGGGAUCUCUACAGGGAAGUACCAUGCAGCUGUGAUGACUAACAGUGAGCAGUGGGAGGUUGCGUGUGUGCGCGCCGGCCGCAGCAGCGGAGAUCUUGCUCAUCCCCUGGUCUACUGUCCCGAGCUGCACUUCAGCGAGUUCACCUCUGCCAUGGCUGAUAUGAAGAACUCUGUGGCAGACCGCGAGAAUGCCCAGAGCUCCUGCGCUGGCCUCUUCAUUGGUUCCCACUUGGGCUUCGAUUGGCCUGGUGUCUGGGUCCAUGUUGAUAUCGCCUCUCCUGUCCAUGCUGGAGAGCGUGCCACAGGAUUUGGCGUUGCUUUGCUAAUGGCCCUGUUUGGUCAGGCGUCAGAUGACUCCAUGCUGAACCAAGUGUCUCCUCUGGGUGCCUCCACCAACAUGUCUGAGGACCAGAUGGAGCGUGACUGCAAGAGACGAAGACUGGUGUAGAACAUACAGACACACACACACACACGCACACAACGGUUUACUCCCAACCUUGACCGCUCCACUGCCUCACACACUGAAAUGUUGAAAAAAGUGCUCAUCCAGUUAGACUUAAAACAUUUUAAACUGUGAUUCUAUGUCCUGUGUUUGAUUAAAUUUCACUGAAUAAAACAGUCAAUCAUCAGUAAAUCAUAAAGUGUGUUAUACGUGAUGAAACACGGGCCCUCAUUUGUCCUCAUGACUCGGCACUUGAUCACCUCUGUAGCCUCUCCUUCUUUCCGUUGCCCUUUAUGAAGAUUUAUAGAUUAAUACGAAAUCUGAAAUUUAAAAAAAGGUGGUUAAUCUUAAUGGCACAUUAAUUAACAAGUCUUUGUUUUUUCAGCAGUGCUUCUUUGUAAAUGUUCAUAUUUUACAUUGUCAUUACGUUUAAUGACAAGUUAAAAGUUUUACCUCAUAAAUGCUUGUUUCUUAAAUACCCGCCGCAUAAUACUUUAAUGCAAAUCAAGGAUUGUUGCGUAAAUGUUGUCUUUGUUAAAAAAUACUGGGUCAGGAUCAGCAAAGCUAGCGUUUUUGGCAACCACUGCACUUUGUACUCACCCUGUGUAUAGUUGGAUUGUGUGAUCUCUGGACCAAACUCAGGAGGGAGUGCUCAUUGCGGUAUUUAACUGUUUCGCAACCAUGACAGAUGAGUAAUUGACAGUCUGUGCCACAUAUGCUUUGUCAGCACAAAAUACACAUACAAGAUGUUAACUGUAAGUAUUCGACUGAUUCCAGCACAAGUAUGAUGUUUCUUCGGCCUUGUGACAAUCAAAUUGUCCCUCAAUAAAGUGGGUGCCAUCUGA